AUGAAUCGCUGGAUCACUCCGCUCCGCACCGCCGCUUCGAGACCUUGCCUGCCAUCACCAACAUCAUCGCAAACCGUCAAGAGGACGGCUGUUGCAUCUAUCGCCAACAUGUCGACUUCCAACUGGGCAUCGACUCCUCCCAUCCCGAGUGACAAGCGUCCUAUUGUGCUUUCGGGUCCUUCCGGUGUGGGUAAGAGCACUCUGCUCAAGAAGCUCUUUGACGAGUUCCCUAACGACUUCGGCUUUUCCGUUUCUCAUACCACAAGAGAUCCUCGACCAGGCGAGGUUCGAGGUCAAUCCUAUCACUACGUGACGCAACAAGAGUUCGAAGACCUCGUCCAGCAAGGCGCCUUCCUCGAACACGCCAAGUUCGGCGGCAACCGCUACGGCACCACCGCCAAAGCCGUCGCUGAUGUCUCUACCGAAGGCGUUAAGGGUGCAGAUGGAAGCACAGCCGCUCGUCGUGCCAUCCUCGACAUCGACGCUCAAGGUGUAAAACUCAUCAAAGCAAAUCACCCUUCGUUGAACCCAAUCUACAUCUUCAUCUCUCCUCCUUCCUUUUCCACGUUGAAGCAGAGAUUGAUAGGUCGAGGCACAGAGACGGCGGAAUCCGUCAACAAGAGGCUGACCAUGGCAGCCACGGAGAUGGCGUAUGCGAGGGAGAAGGGCGCACACGAUUGGAUCAUUGUCAAUGACGAUUUGGACAAGGCGUAUGGGCUCUUGAAGAAGGCUAUCGGCGAGACGUUGAAGGAAGGAGAGGACGAUGUCAUGCCAGGGAAGGAUCAGGAUGAGGAAGAGUGGUUGGAGCAGCAACAGCAGCAAUAA